AUGGAUGACGCUAUUAAUGAUUUUGACAUCGAUGUUAUCCUAGACGAAAAUGAACGCAAUAUGAAUGACAGAUUAGUGGUUGAAGUCGAGAUUGAUGAUAAUCACAACGAAGUGUUACCGGACUUUGAUGAUAGUGAGCCUGAUGUAAGCAUAAACGGUGACGUACAGGAUGACGUAGAAAGUGUGCAGAAUGAUGACGUUCUGAGUGACGUAGUAAGUGUGCAGGAUGAUGACGUGCAGGAUGAUGUAGAAAGUGUACAGAAUGAUGACGUUCUGAGUGACGUAGUAAGUGUGGAGGACGAUGAUGUGCAGGAUGACGUAGAAAGUGUACAGAAUGAUGACGUUCUGAGUGACGUAGUAAGUGUGCAGGACGAUGAUGUGCAGGAUGAUGACGUGCAGGAUGAUGUAGAAAGUGUACAGAAUGAUGACGUUCUGAGAGACGUAGUAAGUGUGCAGGACGAUGAUGUGCAGGAUGAUGACGUGCAGGAUGACGUAGAAAGUGUACAGAAUGAUGACGUUCUGAGUGACGUAGUAAGUGUGCAGGACGAUGAUGUGCAGGAUGAUGACGUGCAGGAUGACGUAGAAAGUGUGCAGAAUGAUGACGUUCUGAGUGACGUAGUAAGUGUGCAGGACGAUGAUGUGCAAGAUGAUGACGUCGAUAGUGUUACAUUCUUGGACAUAGACAAUGUUCAAAAUAUAAGGAGAAUCUCUCUUUAUCAUAGUCUGACGUGGCAGAUGAUCUAUACUUACAGAGGUGAAGAGAUAAUCGAUGAACAGACUUUUGUGAGUUGUGAUAGAUGGAUUAUUCAUAAUUGA